AUGCUGGUGGCAUUGGGAUUAGUUUUUGCGUGCAUCUUACGAAUAGAGACUCGAGCUGCACCUUCCUACGUCGAUGUCAGCAAUGGGACGCACGUUCAAGAUCAGCCACCGCAGUCGGCCAUCCUUCCAACGAUUUUACCACCGGAGCAGAUCUACCAUCCGGAAUCCUUACCGCACGGCGUUGUGCGCUAUCAGCAUCUGAUCAACAACUCACCGAGCAGCAACUAUUUCGUAUACUACACCGAUAACAUCGUCGACCAGCCAAGGCAGCAAUAUGUCAAUGGAUACAGCAUUUCCGGAAACGAUCCAGUAUCCGGACAGAUUGUGUACAGCCCCAAUGCGGUUCCAAUCCAGCUCGUUACGUUAGUGCAACCGUCGAUCGGAACACCGUUGGGCCAGGAACAGGAGCCGAUCGAUUCGAAGCAGGAAGAAACGGAGGAAGCGCUGGAGGGCGUUAACCGUGGGAAGGUGGAUGUGGACGCGGUUGGCAUCCAAAAGUUGGUAUCGAGCACGCAGAAUUUGGUCAGUAACGAGGAUGUGGUGGACAUCAACAACGCACAGGAAGGUGCUGUUACGGAGCGAGUAGAAACCGCCUUCAACGUAAGCGACAAGGCGGAAGACAGCGUUCCAAGCGAAAGCCAGCGUGUACAGAACAGCCUGGCACAACCGGGUAGUUUGGCCGACCAACCGAUCGUUGUUGGCGAUAGUGACACGGCCGAGUCUGGUGGUGUGCGCACCUUACACUCGGUAAACGGAUUGCAAGAUCGGUCACCGUUCAAACAAAUCAAUGUGGAAAUUCUGGGCGAAUCGGACGACCAUAACAACGGUCAGUUUCUGAAGGAGACGACAAUCUUGGCCAGCAAACCGGCGGAACCGUGCGACGAUGAUGGAAAGGAGCAUGGUGUGCUGAUCACCAAGCAGGAAGUCACCACGAUCAAACCAGUGACGGUGACGCGCGUUCGAGGAUCAACUGCGGCCCGCCUGAGUACGAGGUACAAAGCGGUAGGACCUUCGUCGGAGAAGCUGGUCUCGACCACGGCACGCCCACUCCCGGUGGGUGUGGGUGGUGGAGUGACUCCGAAACCGGUAUCGUCACGAUAUCUGGCACCAAUUCAAGCGGGAUUGCGGCUAUCCAAUGCGGACAGGUCACGUCCGGACGACGACUGUGUGGACGGUGGCGUGACAGUGGCUCCGAAGGAACGGACCGUGGUGGAAGUCCAGAAGAGCCUCAACAUCAAGAACAUUCUGAUCGAACAGGAAAAACCGAACCAACGUCAGUACGGGGCGCGGACGAAGAUCAUCCAUCAGCCAGUGUACGUGGAGAAACAGGUCGAUCGCAUCGUGAAGCAACCGGUGUACGUGGAGAAACCGGUGGAGCGGAUCGUCAAGCAGCCGGUGUACGUCGAGAAACCUGUCGAUCGGAUCGUAAAGCAACCGGUGUUCAUCGAAAAACCGGUAGAACGCAUCGUACAGCAGCCGGUGUUCGUGGAGAAGCCGGUUCCGGUGGCGGUGCCGGUGGAGCGGAUCGUCGAAAAGCCCGUCCAUCAUACGCACUACGUCGAUCGACCUGUUCCGGUGGAGAAAAAGGUGACCGUGCACGUGCCGGUCGAGAAGAUCGUCGAGAAGCCGGUGCAGGUGGAGAAGAUUGUCACCCAAGAGGUGCAGGUUCCCUACCCGGUGACGCAGGUUGUCGAUCGGCCGGUUACCGUCGAGAAGAUUGUCGAAAAGCCGGUGCCGGUUGAGGUGGCACGGUACAUCGAUCGGCCGUAUCCGGUGGAGAAAAUUGUCGAUCGACCGUAUCCGGUGGAGGUUCAAGUGGAGAAGGUGGUCGAAAAGCUGGUCGAUCGGCCGGUCGAGGUCGAGCGGGUUGUCGAGAAGCACGUGCAGGUUCCGGUGCCAGUGGCCGUCGAACGGGUUGUCGAAAAAUUCGUCGAUCGUCCGGUGCCGUAUGCGGUGGAGAAAAUUGUCGACCGUCCCUACCCGGUGGAGAAGAUUGUGGAGAAAAUCGUCGAUCGUCCUUACCCGGUACAGGUGCCGGUAGAGGUCCCGGUGCAGGUUCCGGUGCACUAUCCAGUGGAGGUGCCCGUGGGCAUCCCGAUUCCGUAUCCCGUCGAGAAGUAUAUCGCACUUCCGGUUCACGAGCCCAAACCGACGCAUUCCAUCAUCAAGACGGUGCACCACGAGCAUUUCGAUUUGGGCAAGUUCUUGGCGCAAAAGAAAAAACACUUUGUCGACCACUUCUUCCCCAAAUCACAUCAUCAUCCUAAGGUGUCCAUAGUAGAGAUGCCUGGGCAGCAUGCGGUUUACCAUACGAACCAUCAUCACCAUCCCAAGAAUGAUUUGCAUUUCGGCGCCUCGGUUUCGAACCCGGUGUUGGUGGAUGGAAAUCAUCUGAACUUCCAGACACACUAUGCACCAGAAAAGUCGCAACCGAUCUAUGGAAUUCCAUACACUGGGGAAACGUAUGCAGGAAACUUCGGAUAUGUCCAUCAUCAACCCAUCGUAAAGGAUGAUUAUGUGGGACCAACACCGCUGCUAGAGGAUCAUUGGGCGGUAAAGAGCGACGUGAAGUUCCGUCGCAGUCCCAGCUACGGCAAGAGCUUGCGCAUCGAGUACGGAGGAUUCAAGCCGCCACUAGUGCCAUCGGUGGAAAUUGACGAGCAUGGAGUUCCGCUAAACAAAGAGAAUCAUAAAUGA